UCAUGGCGGCCGACAUCGUGCUGUUCCACAUGCACCUUAUCCCUGGUCCUCCAGUUGACGUACCAAGAGCCCCCGGACAGCUCUGGGUGUGGUUGGCUGACGAAAGUCCCUAUCACGUAAUGAUGGUGUCGAGUGACCGCAACCUAAGCCAUUUCAACGGGUUUUUCAACUGGUCGAUGACCUACCGAAUGGACUCAAGUGUGCCAACACCAUACGGACGAACUGUUGCCCUGCCCAAAGAAAAGUAUGUAGAGGCAUUAGAGGAUUUUUAUAAAUUGAAGACGAAAAAUAUAUCCUUGAUGGGCUCUAAUUGCGGAGGCAGCAACGGACGGUACACGUACUUGGCCGAAUUGCAGAAAUACAUCGAGAUUGACGUGUAUGGCGGGUGUGGGCCGCUCAAAUGCGAGGGACAUUUUUACACAAACUGCGACAAGUUGGACGAUUAUAAGUUCUACUUGGCGUUCGAAAACUCAAACUGCGACGACUACGUGACAGAGAAGGUGUGGUGGAACGCAUUGAACAAGUCUGCUGUACCUGUGGUGAUGGGGGCGCCUAAACACAAUUAUCAGAAGCUGCUGCCCCCGAACUCUUUUAUUCACGUCGAUGACUUCAAAGGCCCCGAACAUCUGGCACAACACCUACAGUACCUUUUAGACCAUCCUGCUGAGUAUCAGAAGUACCACUACUGGAGGAGACGGUACCGGGUACUCAACGAACACGGGUUCUUCCAGUCUCCCGUGUACCACAUGUGCAGACUUUGCGAGGCUCUCAACUACAACGACAAGACCGACCAACGAGCUGACUUGGAGCAUUUCUUCGACAGCAACGAGCACUGUUACGCUGUAAAGAAAAGCGAUUAAAUAAUCAUUGGAGCCAUCCUUCGACGGCAACGAGCACUGUUACGCUGUAAAGAAAAGAGAUUAAAUAAUCAUUGAAGCCAUCCUUCGACAGCAACGAGCACUGUUACGCUGUAAAGAAAAGUGAUUAAAUAAUCAUUGUAGCCAUCCUUCAACAGCAACGAGCACUGUUACGCUGUAAAGAAAAGCGAUUAAA